AUGAAGUGUUCCGGCUAUCUGCUCACGGUCCUGUCCGGGGCCUCUGUGGCUCUUGCGGCCCCCUUAGCCGACGAUGUCGGUACCGGGCCAUACCCAGCUGCUUACUUCACAGAGACCAGCCUCCCUAAGCAUACUAUCUACAGGCCCAUCAACCCACCUGCCAACGUCAGUCUGCCGGUGUUGGUAUGGGGACAGGGAGGAUGCGCCGCCGAUGGCCUCCAAGAGCGCAGCUACUUGAUUGAGAUCGCCUCCCACGGCUUCAUCGCCAUAGCAUCCGGCGCCCCGGGCGGCACUGGUAGCACGACCUCGGCCCUGAUGACCGAAUCCAUUACCUGGGUGGGAACACAGGCCGGCACGUCAGGCCCGUACGGCAACGUCGACGCGAAGAAGAUCGCGGCCGCCGGUGGGAGCUGCGGUGGUCUCGAGGCCUACGACGUCAUCGGCAACGCCGCCGUCGACAUCAUCGGCAUCUUCAGCUCCGGGUACAUAGGCAACAACGCGGCGCAGGCCAGCAAGCUCAAGAAGCCCGUCUUCUACUUCCUGGGGAACACGGGGGACAUUGCGUACGCCAAUGGCCUGGCGGACUAUGGCAACAUCACCGCUACCCCGAAGUGGUUCGGCAGCUACAACGUCGGGCACAUGGGCACGCUCACUGCCCUGCACGGCGGCGCCUGGGGCACGGCGACGGUGCAGUGGCUGGAAUGGGGCCUCAAGGGCAACCUGACGGCGGCCAAGUUCUUCACGGACGGCGGAGCCCAGACGGCCGGAUGGUCCAAGGUCCAGAGUGCGGAUCUGGACAGCUUUUUGUCGUAUGUCAAGUAG